AUGUAUAUAUUUUUUAUUUUUCAAGGAUGGACAAAAUUAAGUAACACCGAAGAAUGUAUAUCGCCGUUGUCUUACAAAGGACCUUGUCCCCGUUUUCUUACAUUAGAAAAUAAUAUAAAAAAAAAAAAAAUAUUAGAGAAUCAUUGUAACAUUUACUGGCCUUGUAAGAAUGAAUGUGAAAAAGAUUAUUCGGUGCAAUGCCCCGAGAAAUGGGGACCUGAAGACGAAAAAAAUUGCCACCCAUUGGGAACGUAUGAAGGAUCAUGCUUAGUUACCCAAGACUUCUCAAACUUUACUGAUAAGCAAAAAGAAAUAUGGAGUAACAAAUGUGCAACCACUUGGCCCUGCAAGAAAACGUGUGUAAAGGAUUAUUCAAAACAGUGUCCACAAGAAUGGGUUAAAGACAAUGAUGGGACGUGCUAUGCUCAAAAGAAUUAUGUUGGGCCUUGUUUAUCAAGGGCAUCCUUAAUAAAUUUCGAUGAAGAUAUGAAAGUUGCCUUUGAAAAACUUUGCAUGGUAACCUACCCAUGCUUACGGAAUUGUAAAAUGGAUGAAAACGAUCCCUGUCCAAAAAAUUGGAUAUUAAAAUCAAACUAUUUAGGAAACCCUGAAAGUUGUCUUCCCCCCGAUAAUUACAGUGGCCAUUGUGGGGAGCAAACACAAUUCAUUGGCAUCGAUUCGAAUUUAAAAGAGACCAUGGAAUAUGAAUGUGGAAUAAAAUGGUCAUGUGCUGACGAACAUUCAACUUUUAUUAAUUAUGACGAAUUUUGUCCAGAAAAUUGGACAAAAAAUGGAUCGCACUGCAUUGCACCCUUGGAUUAUUUCGGGCCUUGUUCAAAAAAAAAAUUAUUUGAAGGAUUUACUUUGGAUAUUAAAAAGGCAUAUGCAGAAGAAUGUGACAUCGAUUGGCCAUCCUUUAGCAAGCUUGUACCAAAUACACUUCCAAAAAUACAGACUUUGAGAAAGAGAAAAUAUAAUUUUGGUGCAGUCGAGCCAAUAACUGGGGAGAUUGUUUCAAGCCCUGUUAUAUAA